UUUUGGUGGGAAAAAUGGCAUUCUAUCUGGAACACGUGUUCACUGGCGAUCGGUAUAACUUGGUCGACGGCAUCCAAGUUCUGGGGCGCCACUCCUCAUGCACCUGUGUAUUAAAGUACGACUACAUGUCGCGAUUCCACGCUCUUGUUCGCGUUGUUGGUGGCGACAUUUUCAUCAAGGAGCUGGGAAACAAUAAUGGCGUAUUUCUUAACUAUUGGCCAAUGCGAAUCGGCACAGGUUGGCACGAAGUAGUGGCGGGCGACAUCCUGUACUUUGGGGUACAGUUAAGCAUCGAUCACGAUGGAGAGGUCCCGAAUACGUUCGGAAUAUUCACCGUUAAAUCAUUUGAACAACCCAACGAAGAACCAUUAGUUUUCUGACUUGCUUAAACGUUGAACAGAUUUUAUACAAUUUAAAGUUUAAGAGAAAAAUGAUGAUGUACUCAAUAUACAUGUAUUUACUAUACCUCUACCUAUUGCUUCUUCACUUGGCUGGUAAUUAUGCAAGAAGAGAUCGGGCUACGUGUGCAGAUUUGUAAAGGAUUCCGUAUGACAACCGCCAUAAUAUUAAGUUGUAAUGGCCAGAAAG